AUGCAACGUCCCUCAAAACAUGAAUUUUUUUUCAGUAUGUGCUGUCAUAUACGCGCACUACUGCAUCCUUAUCGAGCUCAUCAAGAGCUACAACUAAAGAAAGUACAACUUCUGUUACCACCAGCAAAUCAAGUUCAACCUCUGUUACCACAAGCAAACCGACCGCUGCAGUAUAUACCAGUACUCCAGUCUACUGCAUCCUUAUCGAGUUCGUUAAGUGCCACAACCAAAGCAGGUACAACGCCCGGUUCGAUGAAUGACGGACGCGCUGAUGGAGUGACCACUCGUUACUGGGAUUGCUGUAAAGCAAGCUGUGCGUGGUCGGGGAAAGCGAGCGUAAUAAAUCCAGUUCAAACGUGUGAGGCCGAUGGUGUCACGGUGGUCGAUGUCGAUGAACAAAGUGGGUGCGGUGGAGGAAAAGCGUACGUGUGCAACAAUCAACAGCCAUGGAACAUCUCCACCCAGUUGUCGUAUGGAUUUGCUGCCGCUCACAUUGCCCGACAGGAUGAAUCAAAUUGGUGUUGCGCUUGUUACUCGCUGGUGUUCACAUCGGGAGUGAUCAUUGGUAAAGAGUUGAUCGUUCAAGUGACGAACACUGGCGGCGAUCUGGGUGACAAUCAAUUCGAUUUACAAAUGCCUGGUGGUGGCGUAGGUAUUUUCAACGGUUGCACAUCACAGUUUCCCAGUACUCCGACAUCUGCGUGGGGUGAACAGUACGGCGGUGUCACACAGCGAUCACAAUGUGCACAGCUCCCGAAUGUUUUGCAGAGCGGGUGCUACUGGCGUUUUGACUGGUUUCAAAAUGCCAAUAAUCCAAUGAUGAGAUUCAAACAAGUCACGUGUCCCGAUGUUUUAAUAUCAAAAACACAGUGUAAACGACAGUAG